AUGCCAGAUAGUAAGGUCAAGCUCAGGCAUAGCUUUAAGACAGUAUUUGCUUAUGAGAGUAUUUCGUUGAAGCGUGAUCCGGUUAUUCUUGCUGUUGUACUUCUUACUCCCGCACUGAUGGCUUUGGUUUUACAUUGGCUUCUGUUUUACAUUUUGAACGCCAAUCUUAUAGCAAGUGAGGUUGCUCUUCCGGUCUACCUUCCUCUAGAAAAGCUCAACCUUUCGCUGGAACGGUUUCGGUUGGGUGCGUCUUACACAGCCCCCGUUCUCUUCUAUUAUUCUCCUGCUACAGAGAAAGCGGAACGUUUGGCUUUUGAGAUUAUUGAUUCUAUUUCUACCUACAACAGAGGCCUUUUGGCGAGGCGAAGCAUCAAGGAUACAGCAGGUUUCUAUUCCACCCUGACCGAGGCACACUACCCUAUGUUCUACAGGGCGUUCGACAGCCCAGAAGAGAUGAGCAAGUACUUUUCAGUGCCAAUCUUUCAUUCGACAAACUGUAGCUAUAGGAGCUACGAUGCUACAACGCUAGAGGAUCUUAUUGCUCAGCACGCUGCUCUUAAUUGUACAGGGACAAUGAUAGUGACCCCAGACACAUACGCUAGAUACAAUCUCACAGAAGAAUAUGUUCAGGAGCAUCCAGCCGAGCUGUUCCAGCCUGCCCUCUUUGCGCUAGACUUCUCUGAGAUAGAUGCGGGUGGAAAUGUUAUUAUUUACUAUAAUAGUACGCUAUUUUCUCAGUUAAAAGAUCCUCUUACAAAAUACCUAGCAAAAGACUUUUACUCUACCACAGGAACAGUGUUUUACUUGGCUGUCCAGCGCGCAGUCUACGUCCUUAACGUCUAUGGAGACAUGGGACUGCGCCAAAACGCAUCCUCUUCCUCAUAUGAUCUUCCCCUGUUGACCUCUGUUCCUGUGCCGGAAAGAAUAAUUCCACAGAUAUACCCAUCCCAAUCAGGUACCUUUAUCACAGUGCUUUCUGUGGUUGCUCUGAGCGUGGUGUCAACCACGUUUGCAGCUCGUGAUAGAGGUAAAGGCCACUCUACCUUGCGCCUCCUGGGGGUCUCUGAAGGCGUAUACUGGUUUGUACGAUGGAUAAGCACUGUAGUGAUGUCUUUUUUUUCCUCCGUAAUUCUUGUCCUCACUUGCUACUGUUCUCACAUCUUGCCCCUUGCUGGCUUCACGGUAGGAUUUUUGCUUCUGCUAGCAUUUUUACUAACGCUCCACACUGCAGGUUUUUCUCUGUUUCUCUCUGCACUGUUGGGUCGCAGUGGAAUUAUCAUGCCUCUAGUAGCUUCCCUCUUGAUUGGGAUUCUUUGCGGGGCUGUGGUUACGGCGACCUUCCGACUCACAUACAACACCGGCAGUGUCCUUGACCCUACAAUUAUGCCUUCUCCUCUAACGUGGAUCCUUUCUUUGCUGUUUCCUUCGUUCAAUAUUCAGCAUAUUUUUGACUUCAUGAUGCUUGUUCUGGAUGAUUCCUUGCGUGGAAAAUUCGUCUCAAUAACCAGUUCGACGCGGAAAGAUCCAGCAUCACUCCUGGCCUGUGGUAUGAAGUGUUACGCGGACCCAGAAUAUGCCAAUUCAGUCUACUUGGGCGAGCUUGUCGGAGCAAAACAGAGCGCACUAGAUUCAUCAGUUACUGGCUUCUCAGUCAGGACGUACACCGUGCCGUCUGCGGCUAUUUUUUGCAUGCUUCUAGCCAUUCAGUGCAUUGCUUACACAUUACUAGCAGUAGUUCUGGGUUAUUCUCUCUCUGAGCCCAUGUAUAGAGGCAUAAAUCUUAUUAAAGUGCUUCAUCAAGCGUUGCGCUACAAGAGGUACCGCAGAAAGCAUAUGAGAAGCGAGUCAAGCAAUACAUCAUCCGCUGUAUCUGUGGCAUGUCAGAAUCUGCAAGUGGCAUACGGUUUUGGGAGGCGUAAGCUUAUUGCUGUCGAUAACUUUACGUUCAUUGCACGUAAAGGUUCGAUCCUUGCGUUGCUGGGAACAAAUGGGGCGGGGAAGUCAUCGGUGAUGGCUGUUUUCGCUGGAGAAAAGGCACCUACAAAGACGUCUGAGCCAGUGCUUGUUAAUGACUAUGAUAUGCGUUCUGACUAUGAAGCACUUCUAGCACGGGGCUGUAUUGGGAAAUGCCCCCAGCACAAUCAGAACGUUUUCGAAUCCUUCACGGUCUUGGACAACAUCUACCUUUGUGCACUUUAUCGUGGAGCACUAGAUACUACUCGCGCUUGUAUGAAGCAUAGCGAGCCUAAAAUGGGUAGCGAGAACGUUAUAAACUCAUCAUCCCCAGCAAUACUUGACGAUGAGAUCCAAAGUCGCUUCGCUGGUACCAAUGCCCGGCUGGAGCUCUUCUCUAACUAUGCAGCCAUGCUGAAUCUUGACAGUUCGGCUCUCAGAAAGCGUGCAGAAGCCUUAUCUGGAGGCAUGAGACGGCGCCUCAGCCUUCUCAAUGCCACGAUUGGCCUCUGCGACGGGGUUGUGUUCAUGGACGAGGUAUCGACCGGCCUUGACCCACUGACAUGUAGAAGCCUUCAUGAUUACAUACGUUAUGUGGCCAAUCAGCAACGAAAUACAAUCAUUUUGACCACCCAUAAUAUGGCAGAUGUUGAGGCCUUGGCAAGUGGUGUAGUGUUAAUGAAGCAUGGGGUCACAGUUGCUCAGGGGACUGUGGAUGAGAUUUGCUCCACGUUAGACUGCUAUAACAUUACCCUCUACGCCUCCAGUGUGACCUCUUCGCGGCCUGGGCCCGUCAUCGCACAUCCCUGCUUUCCCCAGCAAUGCAAGGAGGUGUCUCACAAGGUAAGUGUCAAGAUAACUGAGAUUAUACCAGAUUCAGAUUGCUCCUGUGUCGAUCUUGUUCUGAAUUCACGAACGCUGUACACGUUCCGUCUCUCGGGAAAAGCCAUGCCCUAUCUUCCUUGUGUUUCUCAGUAUCUGGAUAGUAUCCUCGGGUUCUUUGACGCGAUAUCCUCUUUUAGCAUUGAAACUGCCACUCUUGAUGACACAUUUGUGGAGCUUGCUGCUGAUAAGGACGUCACGGAAUACUCUAGCUCUGCUCCUGUUACUCUUUACAAAAGCAAUGCUAAGCAUUUGCACCCUAGGGUCUCGUACAGUGGUGCCUCUGGUCGUGUGACUAUUGAUGACGUGAGAGAAGAAGACUCGAAGAACUUCCUUUCGACAAAAUCAUCGUUUUGGCGAACGGUCGCUGCGGGUCUUCUUCGCCUGUGUAUUCUAGAGGUUCGCAUGCUCAAGUUGGGAUUUCUUCCCUCCAUUGUGAUUUUCUUUGUCGCUGCUAUGGCUGUAGUUGCCGUCAGCAAGGGGUUGAUUGUAUCAUUGAGUAGUUUUGCAGACUCAUCCAUGCAAACACUUCUUGAGAAGCAAAAACUAGAAACACUGAUGGAGUGUCUUUCUUGUUGUAACCCUCUUUAUCGUGAUACAGUGGUCUCUGGGCUUAUUGCAGCCGGACGGAGCGACCUAGCACAAAAUGACACAUAUGUCGAUGGAAUCGUUUUCAUUUCUUGUUCUGCUACACGGCCAUCAGGAUGCUUUUCGGACUCGACCGAUAGUUUCUAUGUGCCAUCAUCAUGCCAAUCUUUCUUAAUGUUGUAUGGCUGGGAUGUUAUGAACCCACGCACCCGGACUACAGGUACCAGUGCGCUGUGGCCAUACUUCACCAACAAUGAAGUGCCUCAUUAUCUCAUUGCUAGCAACGAGCCAUUAGUGGAGGCAACGUUGCACGCAUCUUCUCAGAACGCAGUCGUUGAGCUAAGCACUUAUAAUACGUUUUCACCUACAUGCUUGGAGUUUCUUCAAAUAUGUGCCAAUGGUUGCAAGGUUGCUGCUGCUCUUUUAGAUUCAGAGUCCAGCGGGCUUUAUAACACAACUCUCUGCCAAAAACUGUGUGAUGAAAUUGGUUAUGGAAUUGCACCAGCAAGCGGCUCGCAAAACCGCGACCAUGCCAGCCCUUAUACUGGCGUUUGUAGCUCAAUGAAGACGUGCUCAGGGGUUGUACUCAAUCAAUCAUUACAUGCUGAGGAUGUUUUUCUCCGAAACCUCCAGUUACAGAAAGAGAGCCUCAGGUUCAGCUACCUUGAUCUCCAGGACCACUCCACUACUUCCCCAUUGGCUGAGGAGAGAAACCGUGCAUAUUAUAUGCAUCUUGCACAUGAAAAAUACGCUCAGCAGAGCCCUUUUCUAUUCUUCAACUGGACACCUGGUGGUCUUACAACUUAUGGAAUACUCCCCGAUACGGCAGGUGGAGACUACAGCUACAGCUCAAUGGAGGCCCAGGUUCAAUUGCCAUAUGGGCUGACUCAAAAUAUAAGUCUUUAUCCCAAAGAGCUUGCUGGGCUCUACCCGGACAAUGCUAACUUUGUGCAACUAGCUAACGUAACAGAGCCUGUCGGUGAUGAGUACCUUCGAAUGCGGGGCUUCCAAAGCCAGAAUGACUUUACGUCUUUGUUGUCCACGGCUUUCCCUGAUCGCUAUCUUACAGAACCCGUCAAUGCUUAUACGUCGAUAGUCAGCCUAGUUCUGCAUAUGCGUUUCGAAACGCAAAGAAUCAACUCUAUUAACAAUGCCACAGAGUAUGUCUUCAGGGAUCAAUCGGUUCCUUUCUUUUCCUCGACAGUCCAGGCGAUGCCAUACGUUGCGGACACACACAUCAAUUUCUUCGGUGCUCAGCUCAUUUCUUCUAUUAGCUUUCUCCUUCUCCCUCCUGUUUUCAUGGCGCCGAUUCUUUAUGUCUCAAUAAGUAUAUUACGGGAACAAGAGAGCCAGAUGGCUAAGAUGCUCAAGCUUCAUUCUAUAAGCAAAGAACUGCAGGUUUUUACAAUCAUACUCUACUAUCUAGUUGCAUCUCUCCUCUCAGUCAUCUUGGCCGUUGUAGUUGGUCUCAUUCUCAACAUUUCGUCCUUUAGAAAGACUGGAGGAUACAUGGCCAGCAUGCUUAUCGGCUUGAGCUAUUCGUCGGCCGUCGUUGGAGCAUGGAUUGCACGAAUUCUCAGGGAUCCAAAGGUUGCAGCAUUUGUUGCUUGCUGUUUCAUUCUUAUCUGCUUCAUGAUCUCGGUCUUUCUCACAGAUAUUAAUCCCAUUUGCAUUGUCAUUAGCCCCCUCUACUUUCUCGUUUUCCUACAAAAGGGCACAAUACUCACGAAUCUAUCCACAAGCUGGCUGGACUUUGUGAUUGGCUUUUUUAUCACAACCACGCAAUUGAUCAUUGUGCUUAACAAGGGUUGGCUUAGCUAUGUAGAUGGUAUAUCAGAGUCGUCUGUAGUAGAUUCUGAAUCAGAAGUCUUAGACUCCUCGACCGGCGUUGCUAUUCGUACUCCUUUGGAAGGUGUGGGUGGUGAAUCUACCCUGACCCAGCUGAUCACAGAUCCGUCUAAAAUGGACAAGCCGUGUCCCAGUCUCUACGAGAGUCAUUUGAUGGAUGCAGAUGUUGCACUAGAAACGCUCUUUCAGGCACACAGCACAGACGAGAUAAAGCUUCACGUCGCCAACCUUUCCCAUCACUAUGGGAAACAGCAUGUUCUCAAACGGGUUGGACUAGACAUACGUAACGGCGAGAUCUCUGGACUCGUUGGGCUUUCUGGAUCCGGAAAGACGACUCUGAUCAACUGUCUUGCGGAUAUCGUGGUUCCCGAUACUGGUACAGCCCUUCUGCGUCACGCUUCAGGAACAGCAGAUUUGCUCUCAACCGGAAAGGCCUCUGGUUCUGAUAAACUCCCUGCUCCCCUGUCUUUGAUACCCCAAGACGAUCUACUAUAUCCGGGACUAACCAUCAUGGACCACUUACGACUCUUUGCGCCGCUUUAUGGAUAUAAGCACAGCGGAAUAUAUGUUAACGGACUCCUUACUACGCUAUCCCUCUUCGCACACCGGCACAAGCGCAUUCGCGAGCUAUCUGGCGGUAUGCGCAGACGAGCGAGCUUAAUCAUUGCGCUUCUCGGCUGUCGACAUAUUCUCUGCCUGGACGAAUUUACUACGGGGCUCUCCGUUAACAUCAAGCGAGCCGUAUGGCAAUCUGUGCUGGCAGUCAUCACCGACAUGCAGCUAUCGGUUAUCUUGACCUCUCAUGACAUGCAUGAGCUAGAAUUCUUUUGCAUGAACGUGUCUGUCUUGCAUAGGGGAAGCAUGGUGUAUUCUGGGGAAACCCGUAAGUUGGGCUACAAUUCUAAAAAUGAUGUCAGGAAGCACUCCACUCCUGCUUCCCAGUGUAUUGUUCAACUACGAUGUACAGAGGAGGAAGCACCACGACUCUUGCAUCUCUUUUUCCAGCAGUUCGAGAGCAGUGUCCGUGGAACCAGCAUGUCUAAGAAAGAGCACUCGAUGGAUAAAGAAGAGGCUGUUCUUCUUUGCAUUCGCGUUUCUCUUACAAGCGCAUUGUCACUAACAGAUGUGCUUAGCGUUUUAUGCACAACCCUGUCUUCCUACAAGUGGCUCAUUGGGUUCUCUAAGCUGGAAGACAGCUUUCUACACACAGUGUCUGCGGACGCAAUCGAUGUGCCGGCAGUGAAACAGAUCUGCAGUACAGAACAACACUGA